AAAUUUUAAAUUCUAUUGAAAAAAAAGGCUUAUUUAUGAGAUUUUGAAUGCAUAUGAAUUUGAAUUGAGAGAAUGAAAGGGAGUGAGGGCCAAUAGUAAAAGUCAGAAUCAAGGCAAGGAAUAUUGAAUAUAUGCGUAUGUCUCUCCCAUGAAAUUAAAGCCAGUUAUCCUCCUAGAAAUUUUCCUCUGCGACACGGCGUUGAUGAGGCCUCCACAUCAUCGUUAUCCCUAAUCCUAUCUCUUUGAUCUUUAUACGUUUCUGAAUCCAUUGCCAAGCCGUAAUCUUAUUAAAUCUCUUUUCUAUUAUAUUUUUCAACAAGCUGAACCAAAUAGAUCACGAGUCUCUGAAUUCGAUAUCUUAUAAAGAACAACUCUAGUUAGACCAAAUCUAUAAUAAAUCUAAGAUAAACACGUGAAAGAUAUGGCAAUUUCAUUGUAAUAUUGCAUGUUAAUCCACAAUUGAUAGUCUAGGUAAAAAUUUUCCUCAAGUAAGCAUUUUCAUUCACUCAAUUUACCAUCUGGGGAAGAGCAAAGGUGCUUCAGAUGGAAAUAUCUGAUUGGCUUGUCCACCACACUAGAGUGGGAUCAACAGGAGAAUACUGAAAUUUUGCAAGAAAUGGAUGUAAGGGGACCGCAAGCAAAAGUUGAGGACUUUAAACAGGAAAAAUAGGCAGGGAGACAUGGCAACAAAAGGUCUAAAUCAAAAUUCAAGGGUGGGGAUGAAAAAAGGUUUAACAGAUCAGAGAGCAAAAGAUGGGAUCAAAAAGAGGAUACUCAUUCUCAUCCUUAGCUGCAUGUAGAGCACCGCCACAACUUGACCCACCAGAAAUCCAUUGAUAUGAGAGAUAGCCAAUUAGAAGGCAGAGAUUAGGAUGAUCCUUGCAAAUUCGACCAGUGAAAAAGCAGAUAAGGCAGUGUUGUGGUCCCAAAAGUGAUGUCCCUUUCUCUGGUAGAAAACUCUGAAAACUAGCUAGCACGUCAAGGAAAUAAAGAAAGAAAGACCCAUCUAGACUGUAAAAGCGCUGCUUGUGGGUCACUCCACUAUAUACACUUGUACUACUCCUGCUCUUUAUCAUUGUGCCACUUAUUGCCUUCAGCUCUGAAAGGACUGAACCAACAGUGAAACACACGACCCACAAAUAAGGACCCAAUUAUUGUAUUUCUGUGAAUCAAACUUUGCUUGCUUCAGCUUUGCUUUGCUUUUAUUUGUUGUUUCCCCUUCCUGUUUUGAGCUUUUUGGCUCCCGAUUGAUCUCGUUUCUUGAAUCAAACAAUAAUCGAGUCCCCGAUGAUUUCAUACAAAAAUGUGGCCAACGCCGUUGGUGGCAAAACGGCAAGAGCCUGUGAUAGUUGUAUAAGAAAGCGGGCUAGAUGGUACUGUGCUGCGGAUGAUGCAUUUCUUUGCCAAUCCUGUGAUUCCUCAGUACACUCGGCUAACCCUUUAGCAAGCAGACAUGAAAGGGUUCGUUUAAAGACUGCUUCUCUUAAAUCUUUGGACCUUGUUUCCAAGGAGAAGUGUGUGCCAUCAUGGCACCGAGGUUUCACAAGAAAGGCCAGAACACCGCGACAUGGAAAGCCUGUGUCUCAUUCGAAAAUCGUAGAAAAAUUAAGGAAUCCUGUUCCUCUUGUGCCUGAAGUGGGUUCAGAUGAGAUAUCUCAUGAAGAGACCGAAGAGGAGCAGCUACUGUAUAGGGUUCCAACCUUCGACCCGUAUGUUGCUCAGUUAUGCAGUUCAGCAACCAUCUCAAAUAAUGAAGCAGAAACGACUACUGCUGGUGGUAAUUAUUCUGAUCAGACAGUUGCUGAGGCUCAUGGAAUCGAAUCGAAAGCUUCGUUAGACGCAGGAGGACAGGAUGUUCUACAUGGUUUUCUCCCAUCCGAUAUGGAUCUUGCACAGUUUGCUGAGGAUGUGGAGAGCUUGCUGGGUAGGGGUCUUGAAAAUGAGUCUUUUGGGAUGGAAGGACUUGGGCUUAUGAGCUGUAAAGAAGAGAAGGAGUUGCAGAGGGAGUAUUAUCCAGCAAGGGAAAAGGUGAAGCUUGAAGACGAACAGCAAAUAGCGGCACAAAAGGAAGAAAAAAUUGUAAGGGAGUGCCAUGUCGAUACUGAUGAGAUUGAAAUGGCAAGAGAACCGCCCUUUGAGCUGAGCUUUGACGACGAUUCUGGUACAUGUGGAGAGGAAGAUGAGAAGGUAAGGAUUAGACAGAAUGACUCAAAGAACAAUGAAGAAUACGAAGAUGAUGAUGAAAACUUGACGAAGAAAAAGAAGAAGAGAAAGAUACUACUAAGCUUAGAUUAUGAGGCAGUUAUAACAGCUUGGGCAAGCCAAAGGUCUCCUUGGACCACCGGAAACCGGCCAGACGUCGACCCCGACGAAUGUUGGCCGGAGUACUGCAUGGGAAUCUGCGGAGGUGAACUUCACCACCAUGGUUAUGGAGAUCAUCCAAGUGGUGUAGGGCUCCAGCACCCAGCAAUGGGAGACGGAGGGCGAGAAGCAAGAGUGUCGAGGUACAGAGAGAAGCGGAGAACAAGACUGUUCUCCAAGAAAAUAAGAUACGAGGUGAGGAAAUUGAAUGCAGAGAAAAGGCCCAGAAUGAAAGGAAGAUUUGUGAAAAGGGCAAGCUUUGCAGCUCCUGCUUUUCCUCUGCAUGCCAAAUGACUGCUUCUCAUUAUAAGUUUCCUUGUACAGUAGAAAAACUGGAUUGCAAUUAAAUGUAUUAAUGAGGUCUGUGGAAUAAUAAGUAAAAUAAAAAAUUUUGAUGUCUUCUCGA